GACAGGGGGUGGCGAAGAAUCUCCUCGGCGACCCGGAGAACGAGACUGAGGCGAAAUUCGAGUGGAGGAGCAAUGGCCGGGCAGCAAGGGGCAAGAGCCUGCAACAUUUGGGUUUGUUGUUGAAGCUGCGCUCCUGUUUCUGCCGGCGUGCUGUGAACCAUGAUUGGAAGAAUGCAACCCGUAUCGGGGAAGCGUCACACCCUGGACCCAAUGGGGGAGGCGCAAGGGCGACAGCCAGACGUCGCCAAGAAAAUGAGCAAGAUGAGGUGGAUGAGGAGGCCGACAACGGCAUGGGUGGCAUGGGAGGCUUUGCCGACAUGCUACGACCGCUCAUUGAGAAGAUGAUCAAGCAGAUCCUGGAAGAGAUCUUGGGUGGAGGCGCGCUGAAGCAGAUGGUGGCUGGAAUGCUGACUACGUCUUCGGCGGGCUCUUCGGCGGCACUUGUUGAGGGUGACAUAGUGCAGGCGAAGGGCGCGGGCAAGAACAAGCGAGUUGAGGGAGAUCCACAUGUGGAAGGCAAGGGCGGACAUCAGCAGCGAUGGAACAAGCGUGGCAAGGACCAUGAUGGUGGUGGUGGAGAUAAUGCUGGUCAGAAGGGCUCUGACAAGAAGGAUGGUAAUGGCGGAGGAAGUGCCCCAGGCAAAGGCAAGGGCAAAGCCUCUGGCAAGGAUGGAGGAUCCGGCGAUGGGACCAAGCCCGCUGGCAAGGGCGAUGCGAAGGCCCAGGGCAAGACCAGGAGCAAGGGCAAAGCCCAGCAAGGUGAGGAUGAUGGAGAUUGGACCCAGGUUGUGCGCAAGACCGCUGGGGAGUGGCAGCUGCGUGCAACUGAUUGGUCGGACCCGGUGGUCAGCUAUGACGACUUGGUGGCGAAGGCGACGGGCGAGGGCGACUUGGUCCGGGCCAUUGCUGUCUUGAAUGAGGAGCAGAAGGAAACGGUGCUGAGCCUGUAUCGUGGCAGUGGCAAGGCACAUGCACUCUUGAUUGUUGAGCUGAAGCAGAGCCCUGAUGCUGAAAGAUGCCCAGGGGCUAUUGGAGGUCGUCUUGUUUUCCGGCAGGCUAUCUUCACGAGAGCUUUCUCCCCGGGGCUGCAGGCCCCGCAGCCGAAAGUCAAGGCCCCUGGCUGUAAGGUCGAGGUCCUGAAGAGCUCGGUCGUCCUUGUGCGCUUUCUGCAGAGAUAUCUUGACAAAGAUGCUUGGACCCAGAUCGUCAAGCAGCCGCAGCGAGCCUUGUUGGAUCAUCUUGCCAAGUUCAGGCUCAAAGCUAUGGACUCUUGGGGUUGGGCAGUGGAACCAGUUGCUGGAGGUGUUGGACAGCAAGUGUUCGGCAAGCGCAGGCUGGCUGACAAGGAUAUUCCGACUUUGUUGGCAUCCAGUGGGCGUUCGGCCUUUUUUGAGCCAAGCCGUAGUUUUGACAUGGGCCCAGUUGUGACUGAGUGGCAGCAGCAGCAGGACGACGAGACGCCUGGGGCUUACCUGGCUCGUUGCUUGACCUUGCCCGCAGACUUUGGGUUGGUCUCUGGCCGCAAGCAGCUUGGCAAGCGGAUGAAGCAUGAUCCCAGUGUCCCGGUGCAGCGCAUGUGGCAGGUGCAGAUGGUGCCUGGCAUGGUCACAGUGGAGCAGCUGACGAAUGUCCUUGGCCAGGUUUUCACAGACGUUGAGGUCGUCCAUCAGCGCAGGCGGGGCAAUGCUCGAGACUGCAUUUUUCGAGAUUACAUCUUCCGCGGCAAGACCACGGAGCAGGCUGAUAGCAUGGCGUUGCCGUUGACCUACGGUGAUGAGGAGCUCGUGCUUUGGGUGCGUCAUGCACCCCUCAGGCAGGGACAUAGGCAGGCCCAGGAGAUUAAGACUUCGGGGGCAUGGAGCCUCUUGGGGCCAAAGCCUGCCUUUGCCAGUGAACCUCGGGCCGGGGUGCCUGAAGCAUCUGAAACUGGAGAUGGGGAGACUGCCGGUGAUGACAGCUUGGAGGGCGGCGCCGACAAAUCCACCAGUAAGGACGGUGCUGCAGCAAAGAACGAGAAGAAGGAGGAGAAGAAGGAUGAGGUCAGCAAGCGUGGAGCCCCGGCAACUGGACCAGCAGCGAAGCGAGUUGCUAGUAGCCAGAGAGCCCUCCCGGAGGGGGCGAAGGUGGUGCACAUCGACAAGGAUGGCAAUUGCAUGUUUGCAAGCUUGGCGAGAGGCAUCAAUGACUUGAACCCGGAUGCGUCCCACAAGCUGACUGCUGCCGAGGUCAGGGCGAAGAUCGCGGUGCACUUGCGUAAGAACGAGGCGAACUACAUCAAAUCCUGGGACCAGGAGAUGCCGGACAGGACCAAAGCGGAAAGCUGGAAGAAGUACAUCGAGGCCGUUGAGACCGACAAGGUCUGGGGUGGCCUCACUGAGCUUCGUGCUGCAUGCCGAGUGUGGGAUAUUCGGUGCAUUGUGUUUCCUACCAGCGAGUGCAUUGAGCCCUUCCAUCUUCAUGGCCAGGCCAAAAAGCGAGUGGUUGCCCUCUACUUCACGGGCCACCACUAUGACCUGCUGCAGGGCGAUAACGGAAGCCUUCCUAAGUCCAUUCUCGGCAUCAAAGGUGCACCUGAGGAGGUCCCUUUGAGAGGCGGAGGCGAAGGAGAUGCUGCCUCGGUGUGGAAGCGGGCAUCUUCAGCGUCCCCGGCCGGCGGCAUCAGUGUCGAGACCUGUUCCCUCAAAGCGCUCUUCGGCGACUUCGGAGGCCUCUGCAUCCAAGGCGUCUGCUUGGACUCGGAGUGUGGGCUGCUUCUCAUCGCCAGACUCUUCAUCAGUGUCCGUGAUAUCGCCGCCCUUGUUGGACGCACAGGCCAUGCUUUGGCCAUCAAGCGGUCGCAGCACAACAAGCGAUGGCACCCUGGACUUCCUCGCGACAAGGGCCACACGAUGCGCACCUUGGGAGCUGAUGAAUCGGCGGACUGGCGCUGUCCACUGUGUGAUGUGGGUAUACCGGUGGGCAAGCGUGCAGCCUGCUCAAGACAAGCCUUCCGGAAGGGCAAGGACAAGCAUCGCCGCCAGGCGCAUCGCCACUUGUCUGCGGAGGCAUAUGCGAAGAGAUGCCGCAAAGCAGGUAGCCAAAAGGUCCCCUACAGGAUGAAGAGGCGAGUCCAGAUGUUGAAUGAGAGCCGGGCUGCAGCAAGGGAGAACCUGACCAUAGAUGGGAUGGUCACCUUCACGUGGCCAAGGAUGUGGAGCAGGAAGACAGGUGGGAAGUGGCAUGCGAGUGUGGUGUGCAGAACCGCGUGGAGGUGCCGUGCGUGCACUGGGUGCUGGACCUAUCCCGGCCUGGCGCGGAAGCAUAAGUGCCCGGCGCCAAACAAGGUGGAGGUGCGGGUCAAGCAUCUUCGUGAACUGCGGGCAAAGGCUGGCACUUUGGAGCAUGGGAUUAAUCCUGCGCUGCUGAAUCGCACCAUCGUGUCCACUUUGAACAUCAAUCGGGCUGGGGCUGCCAAGGUUCACUGGCUUGCUGACCUCCUGUUCGAUGUGGACUUCAAUGUUGACAUUUUGGCGGUCCAGGAGCUGGACCUUAUGGAGAUCUCGGCGGUGACCUUCGUCGAGAUCCUCAAGAAGCGGAGCGCGCAUGUCUUUCUUGGAGGUUGUGAGGAUGGAGUGUAUAGAUGUGCCAUCUUAUCCAAGUUUGCUGGUGCCCGUGUUGACCUCCGGCAUGACCGCUUGGCUGGGGCUGCGUUUGAGUUUCGUUGCAAUGGGAAGUGGUGUACAGUGACUGUCGCUUCUUAUUAUGGCUGUGUCUCUGAUGCUGAGGCUGCUUUGAGUGGCGUGGAGCACGCUGUACAGGAGCUGAAGAAGUGCCAGAAUGCAUGGAUUUUGGUGGGCGACUUCAACCUUGAAGCUUUGGAGGAGCCGCUGGCUGGGGCGCUUGCACGGGGCGUGGCUUGGUCUUGGGAUGAGCCUUUCCAAGGAGCCGAGCUUUUGCCUGGCACCCGCACAUCAGGCCGUCGUAUUGACUUUGGACUGGGCUGUGGCCGGUUUUUCCCUAAGUCUGUGUCGCAGCGUUGGUCCUUUUCUGAUCACGCUCAAGUUGCGUAUGAGGUGGACUUGGAUGCGCCUAAUGGACAUCGGGGGCCAUCUUUUCGGCCAUUGGCGGCCAAACCCGUUACCGAGCAGCAAUGGCUUUCAUGCUGGAAUGAGGAUUCGUUUGCACGAGCUUUGGAGGUGGAGCAGCUGGAUGAGGCGUGGACUCUCAUUUCCAAUACGGCGGAGGACUUGUUGGCUGAGCCUGGCGCCCAUGGUCAACGUCGAGCACAGCAGUGGCGACCUCUGCCUCGCUUACAUGACCGAAGCAAGGCGGCCACCUCACUUGAGCCGCUGGCUUUGGUUCAACUGAGGAGGUUGCUGAGGCGACUGUGUCAACUUCGGCGACUACCUUGUGACCAGCGACUCCGCGCUAAGGUGGGCAACCAAAUUUGCGCGCUUCUACCUAAAGCACCGUGGCUGGAUGCCAUCCCCUACUUUGAGAUGGAGCACUGGACCUCAUGGAUGGAGGAACGUAUAGCUGAGGAGGAGGAGACGCAGAAGAAGGCGGCGAUAGCUGGCUGGCGCUGCCGUAUCGAGUCGUCAGGGUCCCACAUGGUAUCAUGGAUUCGUCGGCGGGAGCAGGCUCAUGCUGUCUUUGAGCGCCCCAGGUUGAAGCCGGAGGAGGUGAGCAGGUGCGUUGCCACGCACCCGGUCCACAUCGUCGAGGAGGCUACUACAUCGUGGAUGCGGCGGUGGGGCUCCAGCUCUGAGACUGGAUCUGUGGAUCAGGUCCUGGCCUCCCAUCCGCGAAUUGACGAGGACUCUUGGGACAUGCGCUUCAAGGGCGAGGACUUGCUUAGAAGUGCUCAGGCCAUGGCCCGUAAGGCGGCUGGUCCGGAUGGCUGGGACUGCAGCGGCUGGAUCUGUAUGCCAGCUGGCUUUUGGGACUGUUUCGCGAGACUCUGGCAGAAGGUGUUGAGCACGGGGCUUGUUCCACAACGGUGGAGGGAAGGUCGAGUGGUUUUGGUCCCGAAACCGACUUCUGGACAUCGACCUCUGACGAUCCUGUCGUGCGCUUGGCGGCUUGGUGCGCGUCUCAUCGUGCAACAAUUGGCUUCCUGGAUUGACAAGUGGGAUGCCUUUUUGCGAGUGGUGGACUCCUUGGAUGAUGACUGCUACUACCUGCAAGAAGACCUUUCCAAGUUCUUCGACACGGUGCGACUCUCGGAUCUGAUUGCCACCCUUCGGCACUUGGGAUGUCCGCGCCAGCUCCGUGAUCUUGUGAAUUGCUUUUACCAGGACCACCGUCGCGUCUUCAGCGUUGACGGGAUGAUGGGAACUGCGUGGCAUUGUGUUCACCGAGGUGUUGCACAGGGAUGUCCCUUGAGCCCGGUGCUUACGGCGGCUGUGAUGGCCAUCUGGUCCUCAGAGGUUGAAACCGAAUCUGCCAACCAGGUCUGCUCGAUGAGCUUUGUCGAUGACCGACUGCUUUGGUGUGGUGAGGUGGAGACCCUCCGUGAGGCUAAGCGGCGCAGUAAUGCCUUUGACAGGGCAUACGACCUCAGUUGUGAUGUAGCUAAAAGUCGGUUCGUGCACUGCCAUGCGUCCGAAGAAGCCGAGAACUUUCAGGAGGAGCUGGGCUACGAGUUCAGUGAUGUGCUCUCGUUGCUUGGGUUGGUGGUCCCAGUUGAUGGAUCUGCUGCACCGUCUUUGAAAGACCUUGACAUCCACUUGGUGAAGAGGCGCAUCUACCUCAUUGGCAUUGCUGCACGUGGCCUUGAACUUAAGAAGCGGAUGCUCCAGAUGAUGGUGAUCCCCAUGCUCACUUGGGCUGGCGGCUUUGCCACUGUCACUGAGGCCGAUAUGGAAGAACUGGUGCUUGCGAUUCGUCAGAUGCUCCAUAAGGACUUGGCGAUGGACACGCCCCCGGUGUUGUGCUACGAAGUUGCGGGCUGGGACAUCCAGCCUGAGUUCGCCCGUGCGCUUGCGGCACUGCGGGAGGCUGCGCGGCAUCAAGGCCGUGAACCACCAUGGUUGGAGGAUGCGCCGAUUCGCCUGGCUGUGAAGAAGUGGCCGUCCCUGCUUCCGGUGACAGUUUCCGUGCUGGAAGGCUUGGGCUGGUGGUGGGAUCCUGGCGGUCGUUUCCUUCAUCGACGUGAUUCCCAGGGCCGGGUUCGCGACCUUGAAUUGGGGGUGGACUCCUUUGAGAUUGUGGCUGAGUGGCUGCGGGAUGUUUACAGGCGGCGUUUUCUUGGCAGCUGCUCGCGAGUGGCUCGGUCGCGCAAGCGGCAGGAGGAGGAUCAGGGUCUUGCUCAAGGACUUUUUCUUCCAGGCCCGGCGCCGGGAACUUUGGCAACCUUUGAGGGCCAUAAGUGGGCGUGGCGAACUGCAAAGAACACUCUGGAAAGGCGCUCCGCCUUGGUCACGGGUUGCUCCACGUGGUACAAGCAAAAGAAGUACCAGCAGCGGCAUCCUGAACUUCCAGAUUGUAUGUGCGGGCAACGGCGCCCCUCGCGACCACAUCUUUUGUGGAACUGCGAGAGGACGGCGGAUUUGAUUGCGGAGGUUGCUGCGCCCACCAACAGAAUGGAGGAGAGACUACUUGCACGUGGGGUCCCGGAGGUGCCCCUGCCUCCGACAGUCCUGAACUACGAUGUGAUGAUCGACAGCGUUGCCGAGGCUUUUGACGCGAAGCUCUCAGCUGGCAGGGCGGUCUUCGUGGCCACGGAUGGCAGCGUGGUGGACACGGUGGCGGCGUGGGCGGUGGCCUUUGAGGAGGACUAUGUUUUCUCUCUCAAUGUCGGCGAUGAGGAUCAGACUCCCUUCCGUGCAGAGGUGGAAGGCCUUGUGGCAGUUGCUCGUGCUUUGAGCCGCUGCAAAGCUUCUGGAGUUGUGCACUUACUCACGGACUGCACUUCAGCCAUGAGGACCAUUCAGGGCGGAGGCAAGCAUCCCUUGUUGAGUCAGCGGGCUUGUGAGCUUUUUCUGCGUGUUAGAGACCGCAUCGAUGUGCAACUGUGGUGGCUUCCUUCACAUGGGAAACUUGCUCCAGCCAGAUGGAGGUGCCCUCCCUGUGGGGAGAUGCUUGCUAGAGCUCUAAAUGCUCGUGCCGAUCGUGCUGCUCGAGCAACUGCUGCCCGCUGCGCAGAUGGAAGCGACCGCCAAACUUGUGCUCGCGCAAGAGAAGCCGCACUUGCCUGGGAAAAGCAAGCGCACCACGCCUUACGCUUGGUGGCGCAACGCUGGGCAGACGCUUAG